CAAAUUCUUCCAUUUUUAUUCCAAUUAAUUCCAAGUGUCAGAUUUUUCGACGUCGACUUUUGUGUUUGUGUGCUUAUCGACCAACAAAUGAAAUUUUUCCUUCUCAAUCUCAAUUCUCAACAGCAAGUAUUUCGUUUUUUGAGACAAAAGAACACCACCGCCGCCGCCGCCUUCAUCAAAGCAGGCACCCAUUCGAAUAGAACAAGUGCGAACGAGAGAACCAUCUUAGCCAGCCACGUCGGCCACGUCAUUUUAAGGAGCGAAUAGUGUAUGCGGUCUACCAAUUCUUAAUUAUUUUUUAUUCGUGAAUAUUUGAGUAUAUAGAGAAGUUGUUCGUGAUCUUCUUCCAAGUCAUCAAAUCCAUUCCAUUCCUGCAUCAUCAUGAAUAUCUUUCGAUUGGCCGGGGACUUGUCCCAUUUGCUUGCGAUAAUAAUUCUGCUGUUGAAAAUCUGGAAGACGCGUUCAUGUGCGGGUAUUUCUGGCAAAUCACAAAUUCUUUUCAGUGUCGUUUAUUUCACCCGGUAUCUGGACUUCUUUACCACGUAUGUGUCGCUCUAUAAUUCGGUGAUGAAGAUCGUAUUCAUUGGAGCCUCUGCAGCGACGAUCUACUUCAUGUAUGUCAAAUUCAAAGCCACCAACGACACCAAUCACGAUUCCUUCCGCAUUGAGUUUCUACUGAUUCCGUGUGCCCUGCUUGCGCUGGUCGUCAAUCAUGAGUUCACCUUUAUGGAAGUGCUGUGGACAUUCUCAAUCUAUUUGGAGUCGGUGGCCAUUCUGCCGCAACUCUUCCUCGUUAGCAAGACUGGCGAAGCCGAAUCCAUCACCAGCCAUUAUCUGUUCGCCCUGGGAUCGUACCGGGCAUUGUAUUUGCUCAACUGGGUCUACCGGUACGUUGUCGAGUCGCACUACGAUUUGAUUCCCAUUUUCGCUGGCGUCGUGCAGACAAUCUUGUACUGUGACUUCUUCUAUUUGUAUAUCACCAAAGUGUUGAAGGGCAAGAAGCUGCAACUUCCUGCCUAAGAAAAGCCUAACGACGAGUUCUAACUUUACACCUACACCUACUACCUACAAAGUAGUGGAGAGCUGGAGGAGGAAGUGCGCGCAUUCGAUUUGUAAUAAUUGUAAUAAUCGUAGUUAUUCGUAGUUCCAUGUAUCUCGUUCACAAUUUAAUCUCUUCCCCUCUGCCCCCCAAAAGCAGUAUAAAUAAUUUAAAAAAAUAAAAAAACAAACUUAAUAUUUAAGGUUCAAAAAACAAAAUAUGAUUUUUAAGUUUUUGUUUGUUGUCGUUUUCAAAAGGAGUAGAGGGGCAGGCAUAAGAUUGAUUGAACUCGAUUAGAUGAUAAUAAGGACAAUUUUUUGCAUCCUCUUUCUUCUUCUUCUCCCUUUUGUGCUGUAAUUUGUAUUUUUAUUUAAACAAAAACAAAAAAAAACAAAUAAUUUGUUUCAUAAAAUAAUUAUGUUUGUUCAAGUUCUUUUUUAUUGAAGGAUUUUGAGAGAUGAUUCCCUUUUGCUGGAACAGAUUUAAUUAAAAUAUUAAUAUUAAAGAAAAUCUAAGGAUAAAACAAGAAACCGAAAAAAUGAAAAAGAAACCAUUUGUAAUAAAAAAAAUAAAAACAAAAAUUAUAAUAAUUAAAAUCUUAGCGAUAAAAUACCAAUAAAAUAAACUUAAACAGAAACA